AUGACUACAACAUCAUCAACAACAACAACAAAAUCAUCACAUAAAUUGAUUCAAUCUGGAAUAGAGAUUGAAGGAUGGAGAAUAGCAACAUCAAAGAAACCAAUAUUAAACUCUGCAGAAAAAGAUCAAUGGGAGAGAGAAUUGACGAUCAACUCAUUGCCAGAGAUGAUCUUUGGUCACAACUUUGUCAGUCUUUCAAAGAUUGAUGGUUCAAUAUCGAUGGUAUACAAUGCCUACGACGCAUUGUCAUUGGUGCAAAAAACAACAGAUCAUUCGAUCAAGGUAUCGUCUGCAAAGUUUUGGGAAGAGGUAAACAAAGGUUUUGGAGGAUCAAUUGAAAAGGAAUAUGAUUGGACUUAUAACACCCCCUAUAUUGGUUCAAUCUUAAAAGAUGGUCAUAAUUAUGUAAAUAGAGAAGAUAAACCAUCUCAUCUUUUUGAAAAUACAACUGAACAAAUUGAUGUUGAAAAAUUAAAGAGACCAGAUCCCAUUCUAUUCUAUGAUGAAGUUACAUUGUUUGAAGAUGAAUUGGCAGAUAAUGGAAUUUCAAUCUUAUCAAUUAAAAUUAGAGUAAUGCAAGAUUCAGUAUUCCUAUUACAAAGAUUCUUUUUAAGAGUUGAUGAUGUUAUUAUUAGAUGCUUGGAUACACGUGUCUAUCAUGAAUUUGAUAAAAACUAUUGUCUUAGAGAAGUGACUUUUAAAGAGUGCAACUAUGACCUACUCAAACAUUAUUUUGAAAAGGAUCCAACUACUAUCACCAAUACCAAUUUUAUUGUAUCUCAAUUACCAAUUAAAGAUGUUCACAUGGAAAAGAUUUUUCUUCAAAAUAAAUAG